AAAAAGUUUAAAUUCAAUUCAAUUAGUUUUAAAAAUUAAGAAUAAAAAUUGUAGAAAGUUAAUUAAAGUCAAUUUGAAUUAAGUGUGAAAUAUAGAAGUCAAUCGCAUAAAAAAGAAGAAAUGAAGAACUUUCAAUAUUGGAAUUUAUGGCAUGGAUUUGCAGUAUUAGGUUUAUUGAUACAAGUGACAUUAGCACUUCAACUGGAAGGUCUCGUCACGAAAAAACCAAGAGUUUCAAAAUAUACCAUGAAACCUCAGGCACCAACAUCCUCACCUUCAUCUCUUUCCUUUUAUCGUGUCAACACAACAAGUGGCAAUACAUGCAUUCUCAUCAGAACAGAUGGGCUCCUUAGUAUUCAAUAUCGUGAUAAAUUGAAUGAAGACAAAGAAGCUGACGUUUAUCUACCAGACAAUCCAACACUUUCAGGUACUUGCGAUAACUCUGAUGAGUCAUCGAUAACAAUGUCUUUUAAGGGUUUUGUCCUAACAAUGAGAUUUGAGAAAACACCAGGUGGUGAAAGAUGGUUUGUGAACUACGUCGAAAUUACAUAUUCAUCAUCAAAUCCAUUACUCGAGCACGUUGAUCGACCCAAUCUUAAUGUAAAAUUAGCAACACCACCAAAAACUUUUCUCUUUCCAACGCCAAUAGGGAAGUCAUUUGAAUGCAUGCAAGAACAGACGAUUGUGAUGUACGCGCAGGAUGAGAAUGACAAAUCUGGACAUUUAGCGAAACUAUUUUUACGUGAUACGCGCUUGCAGGGAUUUAUGUAUAAAGCUGCUGGACAGUGGGGUCCACCGUACGUGUGUUCUGCAACAGGAACAUAUCGCGAUGAAAGUGCACCAUUUUAUCUGGGAACAGUAUUAGCAGUUGCAUGCAUCAUUACAGUUGCAGGUUACGGAAUUUGGCGUUAUAUGAAAGUAAAAAAAUAUCAGUACGGUACAAUGGCUUAAAUCAUCAAGCAUUAAGAUGUAGAGUACCGUUGUAUACAUGCUUCUUUAAACUGAAUCACAUUUAUCUGCAAUUAAGAAGAAAAAAAAAAAAACAUUCAAAUUUUUGCCAAAUUUCUUAUUGUAUCAGCAAUUUUUUUCUCGUCUUUGUGCAAUUGAUGACAUAUUUUACACACAUACACACACAUUUUUCUCAAGCAAAUUAAGAAUAUAUUCAAAAAAAAAGUAAUACUUCUGAAUCAAUUAAGGAA